GUAUUGUGAAUGGAACAUAAGACUAAUAGUAGGUGGCUAGUUUCUUGUAUUGGAGUUUUAAGUAUUGUGUUGUUUGAUUGUGCGAUUAUAGUUAAUUUUGCAAAUGGGCAGCUUGUAUCAGUGCAUCUGAUACGUAUAUUUAAGAUUGCUAUCUUUACUGUGAAAGAGAAAAUUAAGACCUCGCGAGUAUCGAACGUGUUUUCUAAGACGGCUACACCGUGCAGACCGCGUUUUCACGAUUCACCAACGUAGACGCUACAUACAUUCGUGUAUUUAGUUAGCUAAAAAUUAUCGUUCCAUAAAAUUUCUUUCUUUAAAAUGCCCGGGGCAGGCACAUUUAAACUUUUCAUUGGCAAUCUUGAUGAGAAAACUCAAGCUACUGAGUUACGUCCUUUAUUUGAGAAGUACGGUACCGUUGUGGAAUGCGAUGUCGUUAAAAACUAUGGUUUUGUACAUAUGGAAACAGAGCAGCAGGGCCGCGACGCCAUCCAAAACCUGAACGGUUUCGUGUUAAAUGAUAAUCCUAUAAAAGUAGAAGCGGCUAAAAGUCGACGUGCACCAAACACUCCAACUACUAAAAUCUUCGUUGGAAAUUUAACCGAUAAAACUCGAGCGCCUGAGGUACGUGAACUAUUUCAGAAGUACGGGACUGUUGUCGAAUGCGAUAUAGUACGUAACUAUGGUUUUGUGCAUUUGGAUUGCGUCGGUGAUGUACAAGAGGCCAUAAAAGAAUUGAACGGGCGAAUGAUUGAUGGUCAACCGCUUAAAGUCCAGGUAUCAACAAGUCGCGUUCGUCCUAAACCCGGGAUGGGCGAUCCAGAACAAUGCUAUCGUUGUGGCCGAUCAGGACAUUGGUCAAAAGAAUGUCCGCGACUUUUUAGCGGUGGCGAUCGUGGUUUAUCGGUUGGUGGUGGUUAUCGAGAUCGUAUGUACGGGCGUGAUCCCUACCCACCGCCUCCACCACCCCCAUUUUUGCGUGACAGAAUUAUGGAUGGUUUUAGGGAAUAUGACUACUAUGAUCGCAGAUUUGAUGAUACCCGUGACUUAUUUGAGAGACGGUAUCAAAGCUCUCGAAUGCGGGAUUUCCCACCCCCACCAUUAUCGCGGCGAGAGCCAAUGCCCCUUCCUCCACCGUUAAGUGGUAGUCUACGAGGUAGUAGCUUAUCACGUGGUUAUGAUUCUAUGUUUAGUCGCCGAUCGCCACCUCCAAGAAGCAGUAAUGGUCUUAGUCGUUAUGGAUAUGAAGAUUUCAGUAGAGAUUCAUUUGAUGAAAGAUUAAUUUCAUCAAGGGGAAUGCGUGGUCCUUCACCUCCUGGGCGCCGUUAUGCACCGUACUGAGAUGAACUGUAUGAUAGUACAGUGCGUUUAUGGUUUAAUUUGCAACCAAUGGAAGAAGAAUUUCGGUACGCACGCUUGCAUAAAACAAUCGUACCACAGUAAUACUUGCAUUAGG